UGCGGCUUCCGUAGAUGCUAGCAAGCAGCUAGCUGUCGUUAGCUACUUUCUACAGUUAAUCACAGGAGCCGAAUAAAGAGUCGACAACAAGGCAAAGUCGGACGAUGGUUUUGAAUCUGUGUCAGCCGCACUUUUACACAACAGUUCAUUGUAACAAGCUAUGUGCAGACGGCUAUGAUGUCUCUAACCUCGUGUCAGCUGAACCUGCUCUCCGGAGGCGGGGCUUCAAGCUGGAGUACUUUCUACGUCCACCUCUGCAGGUGACACUGAAGUUUGGCUUCCAGGUGGAGCUAUGCAGGGUGGAUGUGGAGCUGUGGCCCUGGGGCAUGGACAGAGGACAGGCCAGCAAGAGACUGGAGAUCAGCACCAGCUCUGAUCCGCUACCUUCUCACAAAUUGAAUCAAGGACACAAACAGGUUCAGCAAAAAAAACAAAUACAGAUGCAGGUUAACGACCAGAACAAACAGUAUAAAAACAAAGUGUGUGACAGUAAAUCUCACCAUAGUAAUGGACACCAGUGGACUCUUCAGGCCAAACAGUGGGGGGGAGAGACUGAAGGUGGGCAUUCAUACAAGCAGCAGAUUGCCAAAGAUCAGGCUCAAACAAACGCAGACUCCGGCCAACCUGAGGCAGAGUUUAAACUGGUGGGUCGAUGUGAACUUCGAGACGAAACCCGAGUCUGUUUUUCACAUUCAAAUUUUCGCCCCCAGCCCCUGUUUCCCUCCGCACCUCCGUCGCAGCCCACAAACUGUCGACAGGAGGAGCUAUGGAGCAGGGGUGCGCUUUCGUUGGGCGCCGUGACGCAGCUUCGAGUGACCGUGCCGUUUGGCGGGUCCGCGUCAGCUCUGGGGUUCAAGGCUUUGUCUGUGUGGGGACAGCCUGCUCGCUGCUGCCCUCCAGAGGAAGUGGAGAAGAUUAAAACGGUCCACGAGGCCAGUGAAAGACGACUGCCGCAGCCUGUGUUUUUUACCUCCUCUGUCAGACCAGCCAGUCAACCACAGCAAGCAGCCACACCUGUGAGCAAUCCAUCCAUCCCAGAAGAGUUCCUUGAUCCUUUAACCCAGGAGGUAAUGAUGCUGCCGAUGCUGCUGCCAAGCGGUGUAUCGGUGGACAGCACCACUCUGGAGGAGUGCCAGAAGAGGGAAGCCACUUGGGGUCGCCCCCCGAACGACCCCUUCACCGGGGUCCCGUUCACUUCAACCUCACAGCCUCUUCCCAAUCCCCAGCUAAAAAUACGCAUCGACCACUUCCUACUGCAGAGAGGGGGGGUUGGGAGGGACGGGAUGUUGGGGAGACAAGGGGAAGGAAAGAAUCCACAAGCCUCGAGACUUAUAACCUCUAGAGAAGACGGACAAUCCCACAAUACUUCAUUUCUCAGUAAAAGCUCAAUAAACAGUACUGUUAGAAGCUCUAAGAGGACUAUUCAGGUAGAAGAUGCUGGAUUAGGACAAUCAUCAGAUCAUGGAAGUCUACGGAUUAACUCUCAGCCUAUUGCUCUAGAAAAUAAAUCAGAGUUGGAUCAAAAAAAGAAACGAUAUCUAAAUUCUGGAAGAGAUUCAGUAGAAGAGUUUGAUGAGAAGCAACUACGACCUCAAACAAAAAGACCGAGACAUGAUGCACUUUCAGUCCCCUCCUGCAGCUCCCAUGAGCAGCGUUUGUCCGCUAGCCUGGACGAGGCCCUCUUCUCCGCCCUGCAGGGCCGACCUUCCUUCACCUCAAACUUGCCCCAGCAAAGACGUGAAACUCGUGACAGUGAAGCACUGAACACCACGCAGCAGAGUCCGAGUUCAGACAUUCCAAACACCGGCACAGGUGAGAAGACCUGCUCUGCGUGUUCCUGUUCAGUCUCUGUUUACUCCACUUCUGCGUCUUCCAUCUACCGUCUGACCUGCGGUCAUUUGCUCUGCCGUGCCUGCGUGCAGAGGCGAUCACACAUUCCAAACUCUGUCACUACAGUAACAUCCAAUCACGUCUUGUGUCCCACCUGCCAAAGCACUACCCCACGCAGCGACAUCAUACGUGUGCAUCACUGAAAGAAAUGUGAAGCUGUGCCUUCAAAGCCUGUGAACAAACCAGGAUUUGUUUUGUGACUGUGUUGAACUCGCAGUGAAGGAAAAACAUUAAAGCUGAAGGUUAAAAUUCCCAUGAAUACAUUGUUUAUUGAGUUUGAUGCUGUUCCCUUCUUUGACUUACAGUGUGUCGUCAUGCACCAUUGUAGGUUGGAUCAUAUAAUUACUUCCGAGGAGGUACAUUUUUUCGGCAUUUUCAAUUACAUUAUGCAUCUUUGAUGUCUCAUUGUUAUGUAUCAUUUUGUGUCUCAUGUCAUCCGUUUGCGUACUUGGAAGUACAUGAAGUGGAGCAGGAUUUGUUCCUUAGAUGUUUCCUUGGACCAGUGGCGUCACAACAUCAGAUUAGGCCAAACAACAGCUGAAGAAAGAACACCACUGAAAGCAAAGACCUUUACAACGUAUAAAAAAAAAAAAACUUAAGGACUUCUUCUCUACCUCCUCUCCCUCGCUGUGCUAACCUCUCCAUUGAUCAUUGAAGUUUUGUUGCAACCUUGGUCCUGCAGCUUUUUCAGGACCCUGGUUGUGUAGAUGUGCUGAGGAUUCACAAAGAAAAGGCUGAGGGACAGAAAAACAGAGCAAGAGGCCAGAAGAAUUAAUGCGAAAAACGAAGUGACUCAAGGCUGCGUGUUCAUUGUGCAGAAACAGACGGGGUCACGCUCAGCAGAUCAGCUGUUACCACGUUAGCCCUGUCCUCGUCUAUGGACUAUCCCCUUGUUCCUUAUACAUGGGUAAAAGCAAGCAGAGAUGCAAUACUGGGUCUUCUUGGAACUGAUCAUGUUUUUUAUGACUUGAAUUCCUACAAUGGCAAAGGUGUGGUGUAAGGAAAUAAAUGUGUGCACGUUGUUUACCGGCUACAUGACCUCCUGUGUCCUUGCCCCCGAGAUUAAUUAUCUGUCUCUUUAACACUCCACCCUAUUCACCUCUUAUAAGUGUAUUGUCGUGUGCACAAAAGGGUUAAACAGAGCAAAGUCAGACGAAAAAGUAUUCAUCUGGCUUUUAUGAUCAAAAACAGCAUAAUUUAAAUGUUGGUUUCCCUGACAACAUUAAGCCUAUAACCAAGGUCGUGAUCCUGUAUCCGCUCAAGAAGAAGAUAGUGGAGUUGCUCUGCAUGUGAAAUCGACAUCAGCCGCACUAUUUCAGUCACAAGUGGACGGUAAAGCGCUGAACGCUGAAUCAGACUCACUAUUGUUAGAACGUUUGGUUUCACUUUUAAAUGAUUUUUCUGCUUCGUACAAGUGAGAAAUGUAAAAACUUAAAUUUGAAUCCACUGCUUAUGAACGGUUGAAAGCAAUAUUGUUAGAUAAUUCUACUUGUUUCAUGUUCAGGAGUACAGUAAUGCAUAACAAGUCCACAUUUUGUUUUUAUUAAACGAUAGGCCUUGAA